GUUCCCAUUCCCACCAAAGAAAGAGAUGGCUGCGCGCUGCUUCUGGACCAGCGGCAGCUGUUCCGGCAGCAACCCAAGCCAACGCUGCCGUUCGCCAGCGAUUCCGGAGUUUCAUACCCAAAUUCUAUUUCCGUCCUCUUCUUCUUAUUAUUAUUAUCAUCAUCUUCCUAUUUUAAAGAGUGAUUCUUCUUCUCGUUUCAUUGGAGGCUGCACAAACCCCACCCCAUACCCAUACCCACACCUUCGCCGUACCCGCCGCCGCCGCCUGUUCGCUCAGCUGCCGCCGCAAUCCGACCCGCCUCCCGAUAAGGAGCCGCUGACGCUCGGAGGUUUAGUGGAGGGUAUAUCUGGAUUCCAGGAAAGGGUUCGGAUAUUCUUUGCGGUAUUUGUAUGGAUGUCUCUAUUCUUCUGGUACUCAGCUUGGGAUGGCAGGAAUGAAGGCGGCGGUGGCGGCGGAGGUAUUAUGCCCAACAAAAGAUCCCGAUCUCCGUUCAGAAGAUGAACUCGGAACCAACUUAUCAAAGCAUUCGAUUUUGUUUACAGCUUGUGUAUAAGUGUAUUAGUUGUAAAGGAAUAAUAUGUAGGCGACAUUUGCUACUUUAAAGGAUUGUAAAUUAUACUACAGAGAUCAGCUAUCUUUGCACCGGCAAAAUUGACGUUUGGU